CUUUACAUUGAAUUGAGAUCCAUUUGCUUCAUCAAUUAUCUAAAUUCACAUUUCCAUUUCUUAGCAAGGUGAUUUUCAUGGUGAUGGAUUCAACAGGUAAACAAAAGGAUACUGCGGCAAAACGUCGGGCUUGUGAUGAGUGCAGAACCAGGAAACUUGCAUGCUCAAAAGAUCCUAAUGGAUGUGAAAGAUGUGUGCGAGAAAACGUAUCAUGUCAUUACUCUCAACAGAAACAAAUGGGAAGACCAAGAAAACGUCAAUUUAUCGAAACUAUUAGAGAUGAACCACCCAAUACACAAAACAACCUACAACCUCUUCUCGACGAUGGCACACUACUCCCUUUCUUUGGCGAUGAACUUUACAAUUUCGAUGAUAACGACUUCGCUGAACCAUAUUUUACUAAUUCGAAUUUCAGUGGAUUUGAUGCUGCUCAGCAAUUUCCACAAUCUCUCCCUCUUGACACCCAACAUCCUCUCCGCGCCUCAAAUGUAGAUGAUGGCAGGAACAUAUGGCAUUUUGGAAACGUUGAUAUGCUAGGACCUGCCCCCAUCGACUUUAGUGAUAUAAAUAUGGAAAAACUGGGUAAAGCGCAACCCGAAGCCAACCAAGAAGCUGAAUUAUCAACGGGGUCAAACCCUUCCUCCUCUUCGCCUAGUGGUAGUGAUGGUCCCUUUCCAAUAUCAGGCGAUAAAUGCAGCUGCUUAUCAUCGAUGUAUUUGUCACUAUCAGCAUUGCAACAGUUCCCAAGUGAAAUCGAUGAAGCUUUAAAGGUAGUUCGUGGCGCCAGUAUUGUGGCAUCGAAAGCCAUCUGGUGCCCCUCAUGUGGUGCGAUAGCGUUAAUUUCACCCACACCUCCUAUUGAGGCUUUCCAAAAUACGAUGCUCAUCGGAACCAUACUACCUAUUAUAGCGAAUGGAUACGGCCGUUUGCUAAAGAUGGUCGAUGAAGCCACUGCUGAGGCAAUUGCUAAAGGGCAGACCAAAAUCUUUAGGUAUCUUGAAUAUGGUGGUUUAUGCGAGCACCAAAGGCCAAUUAAUGAGGCAGUAGAAUGCAUAGGUAACGCAUUAUCCGUAGCAGAUAGAGAAAUGCAACCAGCAGAGUGGCGAACUACUGUAAGAGCUUUGUUGCGAGCUGACAUCUAUGGUCAUGACCAACCUGGAUUCAAGUACAAAGGAUUAAGAGAUCUCAUUUCCGAGAUGGAGCAAAGACAGAACGCUCGUCACAAUAUAUUAGAUGCACAAGUCGCUGCGGGCGUGCGAUCGCUAGAGCAUGGCCACUUCCCAGAUUUAAAGGUUGCAGAUUUGACUGUUAGGCAAUGCUAUGGGGAGAGAACAAGGGGGUGCUUGGAGAUCCUCAAAAUGGCUAAGAUGGCUGUAGAUAGCAUUUUUAUUGCAUGAGCAUCAAAUUGUCUGGUCAUUUGUGCAGAUGAAUGUGUAAGCCACCCUUUUUCAUGCUGGAAUUCUGCCAUUCGCUUUCGAAAUCUGAUAUUCGCUUGCUCAAAUCAAGGUUGACCACCGAACUAUGGUACAACUUUCUUGGAUUUAGACUAUCCAAGGACCAAGAGAAUAUCGUGAGCUUGUUCAGGAAUUCAUCUGUGGAGUGCUAAUCUCUCAUGAGUAUGGCUGCCAGAGAUUUGACAUCCCAGAACUCUAUUCCACCCUUCGUCUCAACUGCGCAACACAACCGCAAAAGUGUUGUAAAUUGUCGCGGUACUCAAGAAAGGAAGCCAACUGACGAAGGAAAGCUUCAUAGUUAGUUAAUAGACCCUCCAUCACAAUACCAGCUCACCUAACCCUGUGUCGGUUGAUUGGUUUAACCCCAGCGAAAUCGUCUUAUUUCUUGACGGCCUGCCCAAAUACCUUAACCCGGAGGCUUAUGGUCAAAGACUCUCAGAUGAUGCAAUGGCGUAUGGAAUAUACAUCGAAUAAUGGCUUGGAUUUCUAUAUCAUUAUGCUACACAAGAGUGCUAAGUUUUUGCCCGAUUUCUCAGAUGCAGAACAAAAUUCCUUUCAAGGAUCUUCAUGGUUGAUAGACAUUGCCCUGUAUAAAUUAAAGUAGUUUGUUAUAGUUGCUUGGUUUGAUUUGAUACUCAUUGUUUAUCCAUGUUCCAUGUAACAUCUUCCGGACAUCAGUUGUAAGGUAGGCAAAGGAUACGAUGAACAUAUUGAAAUCAGCUUUGA